AAAUUUGUACAAUAAAUAAUUUUGGGGGAAAAAAAAAAAAAAAAAGUUAACGUCGACGCCCGCGUGAAUGCAGCAGAUCGCGCUAUAUUUCAGAAUUAAACCUCGAUCUCUAAACAUCUUAAUAACGACCAGCUUCCAAAACGCAGAUCACUAAAAAACGAGUCUCUUCUUCUACUGUUUUACGUGCUUUCACCACAAGGUGUCACACACGAACUACUUAUACAAAUCAAAAUACAGCUUCCAAAGAGAAACUACUGCGCAGAACACACUUCUGAUCCCAAAGCUGAAUGUCUUUUCUCAUGUAACGUGCCAGUCAUUGUCCCCCGUGGAAUGAAAUCAUUGAUUAUUGUUUCUGCGGCAGUUCUUCAAGUUCUUGGUUGCAUAUGUUUGAAAAUACCUGACUUCUCUCUUCUUGGGGCACUGGGUAAAGGUGUUUCUGGUGUUGGUUCAGACAGAGUGUCAGUGAAGGAGGGAGAUUCAGUCACUCUACACACUGGUGUUCAAACAAACCAUCAAGAAGAUAUUAAAUGGUAUUUCAGUGGCUUUCUCCUUGCUCACAUAAGUGGAGAUCAGAGUAAGAUCUGUACAGAUGUUCAGUGUAAUGAAGGUACUGAGAGAUUCAGAGACAGACUGAAGCUGGAUCAUCAGACUGGAUCUCUGACCAUCACAAACUUCAGAAACACAGAUGCUGGAGUUUAUGAACUACAGAUCUUCAGCAGCAGCGACAGUGAAAAGUUCUUUAAUGUUACUGUCCAAAGUGUUUCUGCUGCUGAACAAAAUGAAAUGAAGUCAGUGAAGGAGGGAGAAUCUGUCACUUUAGAUCCUGGAUUAAUAAACAAUCCAAAUGAUUUGAUGAGAUGGUAUUUUAAUGAGAUUGUCAUCGCUGAAAUCACUGGAGAUCAGAGUAAGAUCUGUACAGAUGAUCAGUGUGAUGAGAGAUUCAGAGACAGACUGAAGCUGGAUCAUCAGACUGGAUCUCUGACCAUCACAAACACCAGAAACACAGACUCUGGAGAAUAUCAACUGCAGAUCAACAGCAAAAGCAGCAGCUUCAGUUUUAGGAGGAUCAGGAGCUUCAGUGUUACUGUCACUGGUUCAGAUCUGUCUUCAGCUGCUGUAGCAGGAAUAGUUGUUGCUGUUGUUCUGCUGGUUGUAGCUGUAACUGUUGGUGUGAUUUACUGUCGCCGCAGGAUCCAUACAGCAAUACCACAGACUGAGAAUGAUAAGUUGUGAUAGCUUGCCACCUGAACAUUCCUUAGAAGGAAAUCAGACUCCGGCUGAGGCUGCCAGUCAUUGAAAUGGACACUGACGAGAAUUAGGACAUGAUGUUGAGAAGAGCAUCAGCUCAAACUCUCUUCACUCAAACCAGGUUUUUGUUGGUCAAUGGCGCAGUCGUUUUCAGCUGCUUCAAAAUAGCAAUGCGCCAACAGUGCACCUGAACACACCUCGUUUUUAGACCAGCACACCAUGGGUGAACAGAUGGGCGCAAGUGCAUUUGCUAUUUAAACAACAUUCUAGCCCAUUUUGGCAGACAUUUUGCCUUGUUUUAAACAUAAACUCAUUUAAUUUUGUACCAUGUGGGCGCUGUAACACUUGACUGCUGCAGAUUCAUUUAGGCAUUGAUAGUGGUGCCAUAUGCAUAAUUCUCAGUCCGAGGACGUAAACAGCUCAGAAUAAAACAUCUCAAGAUUACGGUAAUUACGUGGUGGCGUGAAUGAACACUAAAUAAUGAUGAGAACAGACAAAGGGCAUCUAAAGGUGCGUUUACGCCACCUCGUAAUUCCUAUAGUUAUGAGAUUCUAGCUUGUAAAAAGUGUUCACAUCCUCGUAGAGCUCGUAAUUACAGCUUGUAAGCUGGAAGUUUUCUGAAAGCUAUAUAAUAUAAUAUAUGCAGUGCAUUCAGUUGAGGCUGUGCGAGUGUGCGCUGUCAGAGAACAAAUGAAAUAGAUACUAUUGCUUCUAACCCGAGUGAUCAUUUUACGUGUACAUAUAGCCAAAAUCACAUUAAAUGUCUUUAUAUUAUGUGUAUGGUGAUUUUGUCAGACAACGUCUCUAUUAUAAAUCAGGAUUUUAGCGUUGGUUUAACAUGUCAGGGCUCGACACUAACGCUUGUCAAUUAGUCCGGGAUAAAUGGAUUUUUUGAAGGGGCAAGUGAAAGAGAAUUUGACUUGCCCGGCUUGACAAGGAGCCUGAUUCAAAAUGUAACUUUGAACUUUUAACUUGAUACAGUUAAGCAAAAUCACACGACCAAUGCUGUUUUCCUAAAUACAAUCACGAUUAAAAACGUGACACUGAUUUCAUUACUGAAUGAUUCAGCGUUUUGAACGAAUCGGUUCAAAGAUUCAAUGACCUAUUCAUAAACAAUUGCCUCAUUCUUGAAUGAAUCAGCCUUUGUAACGAAUCGUUUGAACGAACAUCAAUGACUCCCUUAUUAAGACGGUCAUCAAUUUUUAAAAGUAUCAUUUCCUCCCCAACAUUUCUUACUUGUAUUUUCAAAAAAUAUUUAAAACAAUCCCAUAACAUUAUUUAAUACAGUUGUAUUUUUUAUUGUUGUAAAUGAUUUAAUUAACGUUUUCAUUUAAUUAACAUUUUAUAGAAAAUCCUUGGCAGAUCACUUUUGAAGUGGGGAUUUUCCAUUUUCCUGCCAAGUUCAACUCCAACUUGCUGUUUAUUUGGGAUUGGAGUCAACUUGGUUUUAGUUUAUGAAAAUGAUUUCUGAACAUAUACACACACUUUACAAAACAUGAACUCAAAAACUCCUAGAAAGUCAAAGGCAUAAAUCUAAAGUUAUGUUCCAAAUUUGAGGUUGACAUCUCAAAAAAAAAAAAAAAACAACAGAGGCCAAAUAUGAGAAGAUUUUGUGAAAAUAGUAACAAUUUAAAUUUUGAAGCCUUGCCAACAGAAUGAAAUGCUAUUAAAAAUGCAUCCUUUUAUAGUUAAAUGGCCCUGGGAUUAAAAAGACAGUUUUAAUGAUUUUUAAUGGGGAUAUUCUUGUUCUUAAGCCCUAAUUAUUUUGUGUAUUUAUAGUGUAAAAUAGGUUUAUUAAAGGAAAUGAGGUUGAAAUAGUAAAAUUCCAGUAAUGUUGCCCAAAUGUAUGCAGUCACAGUUAACAUAGGCAGAAUAGUCAAAAACAAAGUGCAAAAGACUUUAAGGAUACACAAGGGUAGAAGCUUGGAAAUUCAUUGAUUUAUAUUUAAUUUGGUGAACCACUUUGCUGAGGGUCUUUAAUAUGCCUUUAAACAGGUACAUGAUACAGGCUGUGUUAAAUAAACCUGAGAAAUACUUGACGUGUUGUUUGUCUGGUGGAAUGUUACAGCAGAAUUUCUACAUAUGUGUACACAGUGAAACAUGCUGGCCCAGACAGCAACAUAGUGUCGGCCUAGAUCCGGCCCGCAUCUGAGCCGUGUGGAUACCACGCGGGCCAGAUGUGGGCCAGACAGGGGCGUGGGAAGUGGGGGUGCGGGGGGUACAAUGCAACACCCACUGUUUUCAAAAUAUUGUAAAUGCAAUUUUUUACAUUUAAUUUACAUUUAUUUAUUUUCAGCAUAUAGUAAUUUAUUUGUAACAAACACUUUAAGUGGGCUAUUAAAAUGUGUUAUAGAGUGUACUUGCAUAGAGUGUACUUGCUAUAACAGUGAGAAUGUUUUAAAUCUUCAUACAUUUGGGAGAUUCAAACAUGAACAUCGAACAAAACAUAAAGAUAAUUUUAAUUUUUGUAUUUUGCUGAUAUGUUUGUCUUGUGGCAUAUUAUCACUGUUUGAUGGAGAUGAUUGCCUUUACCAAAAAACUCUGUUCAACUAGUCAAGCCUUCAGCUCCAGACUGUUCUUUUGGUAGCAUUCUUGUUUCUUUGUUUCCAUUUUUGAGUUUUUCUUUCAUCUGGAAAAUCUCAUUUUCUUUAAUUUUCUGUUAACUUCAAGUGUCUUGAAAUAAAACCCACAACACUAUUUUCUUUUCUAAAACAAGGAACUUUAAAGAUCUUUGUAUAUUAAUGUGAUGUGACACUGGGGCCAAAGUUAUAGUAUGUGUUGAAUAAAAGGAAACACAACUAGACAGCCAUCUGAAAACAUAUAAAUAUAUAAACCUCAUGAUUUGAGUAACAAGCUGAAGUAAUAAAGAAGUAAUCAAGAUUUGCUUUUACAGAGUGUUUGCUGAAUUACACACAUGGAGAACCAAUCAAAGAAAAAAUAUGUAAUGGAUCAUGUCAUGCAUUUAUUCUGUGAACUGUUGUACUGUUUUCGAUGGAGUGGUAUUUCUAUAUUCUUAACAUUAAUAAAGAAAGAUGCUUAUUGCAGUCAGAGCGCUGCAGAGA